UUUCCUUUACCGGCAACAUUUUUUAUAACAACAGAAGCCUUACCCUAUCAUCAUCCCUAGUUCAAAGAUGGCUCUUGCUAGUGUGUUGCAGAGUGAGUCAGUAGAUUUUUCCAACUAUGGUCGCCAGCGUCGUGGCUUCGCCAGUGGUUUGUAUGAAACAGAGUUGGGUUUGGAGUCUGUUGGGGGAGAUAGCCUCUCUUUCGCUGUGAGAACCGCGUGCUCUGACGGAGAUGGACCAGAUAGAAAGAUUGAAUUCCUUCAUGGCACAACCACUUUAGCCUUCAAAUUCCAGCAUGGUGUCAUUGUGGCGGUGGACUCCAGAGCCACAGCCGGCUCCUACAUCGCCUCCCAGACAGUGAAGAAGGUGAUAGAGAUCAACCCCUACCUGCUGGGCACCAUGGCUGGAGGUGCAGCUGACUGCAGUUUCUGGGAGCGCUUGCUGGCCCGCCAGUGCCGCGUCUACGAGCUCCGCAACAAGGAACGCAUCUCAGUGGCAGCCGCCUCCAAACUGCUGGCCAACAUGGUGUACCAGUACAAAGGCAUGGGCCUUAGCAUGGGAACCAUGGUGUGUGGCUGGGACAAGACUGGACCAGGCCUCUACUACGUGGACUCUGAGGGGAACCGUGUGUGUGGGGACCUGUUUGCGGUGGGCUCUGGCUCCAUGUACGCGUAUGGCAUCGUGGACAGCGGUCUGAAGCAGAAGGACCUGACCGUGGAGGAGGCCUGUGAUCUGGGUCGCAGGGCCAUCUACCAGGCCACGUACCGCGAUGCCUACAGUGGAGGACAGGUCAACCUGUACCACGUCCACAGUGAGGGCUGGACCAGAGUGUCCCAGUCAGAUGUCCUAAUGCUGCACCAACAGUACCAGGCAGAGAAGGCAUAGAGAGAUGGUUAAUGUAUGGAGAGAGAAGGGCAGGGGUUAAUAGAAUGUAGGGGAGGGUAGAUGUUAUGUGACAGCCAUGGGGAGACCAUUCAAUCAACAACAAAAAAGUGUUUACACACAUCCAAGCUUGGCACAGGAUCUGGACUAUUGAAAAUGACCUUUAAAGAUAUUUGUAACCUGGUUGUCACUACAUUUUCCUUGUUCUGCCAGGGAUAAAGGGGUGUGCCUAGUGGCGUUGCUGACUUUGAUUCUUUUCUUUUGACUGCUCUGUGAAAUUUUCAAUAAAUGUUCUCAUUCAUCUUU